AUGGAUGCCAUUAUAUGGAAUGUAAGAUCUGUAAACACUAUGCAGGCAUUUGAAAGUCUGAUUCUCAUGCAUAGACAUCAUCACUUUGAGUUUAUAGGAGUUAUAGAACCUAUGCAACAAUCUAACGAAGUUGAGAAGUACAGAAGUAAAAUAGGAAUGGCACAGGCAGUGGUUAAUGUUUCAAAUAAAAUAUGGGCUUUCAUAGAUGAAGUUUUUGAAGUGACCAUUCUUUAUAAUAUGGUGCAACAGCUGACAUUAAGACUCUUUCACACUGAAACCCAUGUGGAGCUUAUUCUCACAUUGGUUUAUGCCAAAUGUGAUGCAAUUGAGAGGAUAGAACUUUGGGAUUCUUUGUAUGCAAUGGCUGCAGAUAUGACAUCUCCAUGGCUAGUUGGAGGUGAUUUCAAUGUCAUAUGGGAUGAAGAAGUAGAUGAUUUUAGACAUUGCAUCAACACCUGCAGUUUAUCUAAUUUGGGAUUCAAAGGAAGCAUCUUCACUUGGUGGAAUGGGAGAUCUGAAGAGGAUUGUCUAGAGAUUACACAUCUGUCCAAGAUUGGAUCAGAUCAUUCUCCUAUGCUUUUGAAGUGUGCUCUUGAGGUGGUCCUUAUUAGGAAACCUUUCAGAUUCCUGAAUUUCUGGACCAAACAUGACUCAUUCAAAUCAGUAGUUAAAGAAAAUUGGCAUGCAGACUUUGCUGCAAACCCCUUCAUUUUGUUCAACUACAAACUGAAAAAGCUCAAAAAGGCACUAUCUACUUGGAGUAAAGCUACAUUUGGAGACAUUUUUCAGAAGUUAGCAAGCUUAGAAGAAGUUGUACUAGUACAUGAGAGGCAGUUUGAGGCAGUCCCUACACAGAUGAAUAGAGAAAGGUUGCAAAGGGUUCAAGCAGAAAUGAUCAGAUACCUUGCCUUAGAGGAAGAGUUUUGGAAGCAAAAGGCAGGUAUGGCAUAG